AUGUCUGCUGAUACUUCUGGUGCGACAGAAUUCAAGACUAAGUUUGGUGAAACAGAGGAAUUAUCUCCAGAACAAGUCUAUAAUAUGGACGAGACCGGGCUAAACAUUAAAAUGUUACCAGAAACAACUUUUCUAGGCAGUCAUGAACAGUCUGCCUCUGGCUUCAAAAAGAACAAAGAACGUAUUACAGUGGCCGUUUGUUCGAAUGCAGCAGGUACUCAUAAAAUUUCUCUUUUCGUUAUUGGCAAGUCUGCUAAACCACGGGCAUUCAAAAAAUUGAAUCCAUCUUCCCUUCCGGUUUAUUAUAAGUCACAAAAAUCAGCGUGGAUGAAUUCAGAUUUGUUUAAAGAGUGGUUUAAUUUGGAGUUUGUUCCAAAAGUUAAAAAACAUUUAAAAAGUGUAAACUUGCCUAUUAAAGCAAUUCUUUUGUUAGAUAAUGCUCCAACCCAUCCUCAUGACUGCGCUGUAGAUGACAUAAAAUUAGUUUAUCUUCCUCCUAAUGUGACAAGCUUAGUGCAACAAAUGGACCAAGGAGUGAUCGAAAGCUUAAAAAGACGAUACAGGCGUAAACUUGUUUCUGAAAUUCUGCAACAUUCGGAGAGUGAAGACAAAGGUCUUUUAGAAGUCAUCAAAAAGAUCAAUAUCAAGGACGUUAUCUAUAUGUUAGCUACAGCAUUUCAAGAAAUGCCCUCUUCAACGUUUGUUAAGUCUUGGAGAAAACUUUGGCCAGAUGUUGAGAAUCUAAUUGUGAUCUCGAAUAUUGCAGGGACUGAAGAAGAAGAAAACAAAUCUACUUUACAAGACCUUCAAAAGUUAUCGGGUAACGAAUCAUUACAGGCAGAAGAUGUGGAAAAUUGGAUGAUAAACUGUGACGAACACCUUGAAAAUGAAUUUUUGAAUGAUGACGAAAUCAUAGAUUUAGCAAACAAAGAACAAGAGGAAGAUGAUGAGAGUAGUGACGUUGAAGAGGAGAAAACAGUUUCUCAUGAAGAAGCCAAAAAUGUGAUGGAAAUUGCAUUGAAAUGCAUUGAGCAGCAACAGGAUUCAACAGCAUUAGACGUUUUGGUUUCUCAAGUCAAGUCGAAGUUGGAGAAGGCAAUGGUCGCUGGUAGUCGAUUGGAACAGCAGCUGGGCGUUGGCUUUAUUGGCUUCAGCGGACGUUUCCGUUUCCGUUCUUAA